AGGUCAAGGGCUGUCGACCAUUGGCCAAAUUGUGCUUGUGUUGUGUUUACGUCAAUCGACUGGCUCAUCAAUAGAUACAUUUAUCCGUUCGUCAAUAGGACUUCAUGUGUUGUAGCCCUCUUUGGAAUUUCCCCAGAGAGUUUGGGCAGUGCGAAGUGUACAGUCCAAAUGGAAAAGGACAAUUACCGGUGGUAACAAACAGGAACUGGCGGACAGACAGGAUGCCAGCAGAUACCAGGACAGAAGGCACUGAAAUGACAACCCGCACAGGAGAUUGAUUGUGUGGGAUUGCGAGGCGACGGGUGUACGGGUGGAAAUGACAAGAUGUAACCAUUGAUAGGAGGAUGGCGGGGCAGCCAACGGGACAAGACAAUCCACCCAUCUCCCUCUCCUCUUCUGGACCCCCAGCUCCCCCCCUUCCCUAAACGGUAACGAAGGGGAGUCUGAUUUCUGAGUCUUGACACAAAAUCGGUGGUGGAGAUCGAUAGGAAGAGGAGGAGGCAGCAAGGCCUAUUGUACUGUGUUUUUUUUUUAAAGACAUUGGACGAGAAGAGAGUAGCUGAGCCAUCUGGGCAUUGAUCUUCUUUUGAAUGCAGAUGAACAGCAAGGGAACAGGAGGACAUUUUUUUUUUUUAAUAGGGAAAACACUGAAGAGGGAAAAAAGGACAAAGGAUGAGACCCUCAGCUAACCAGUUCUGGAUCACAGCCGGUCUGUGACAUCAUCCGCAUUACCUCUGCUUUAACUCCGCCCCCCCUUGGUCCUCCGCAUGUCUCAGAAAGGGACAAAAAAGGGAGGAGCGCCCUCACCCAGAGCGAGCACGUCAUCAAACACCUCCUCUGGACACGGGACCCCUGGGCGCCCCGCGCUCCGCCAGCCCAAGUCAGGAGAAAAUGGCAACAGCUCCAAGAGUGGCAGGAGCCACAGUCAGGGCUCUGUAGCAGCUGUCUACCUGUCCUACCUCAACACUCUCUUUGGACAGGAUAGGGAGCUGAUGCCUGAGGAGUUGGAUGAGCUGCAGGUGGCUUUUAAGGAGUUUGACUAUGAUGGAGACGGCUUCCUGCAUUACAAGGACGUGGCCGACUGUAUGAGGACCAUGGGAUACAUGCCCACUGAGAUGGAGCUCAUAGAGAUUAUACAGCAGAUCAAGAUGAAAUGGGGCGGUCACGUGGACUUUGAUGAUUUCUGUACUGAGCUGAUGGGCCCUAGGAUGCUGGCUGAGACGGCUCACAUGAUGGGGAUGAGGGAGGUACGCAGUGCUUUCAAACAGUUUGACAGCGACGGAGAUGGGCGCAUCACCUUGGAGGAGCUGAAGGACAGCAUGAAGGCCCUGCUGGGUGAGAAGCUGAAGAAGGGCGAGCUGGAGGAGAUCCUCCAGGAUAUCGACCUCAACAAGGACGGCGGAAUAGACUUUGACGAGUUUGUCAUGAUGCUGUCGUCGCGGUAGCCUGCCUCAGCCGUCAGACUAACUAGCAAGACACCCUGGAUGAGGUCUGGAUCUCCACACACAAGUGGCACAGUUCUUGUGUCAAUUUCCUGUAGCAUUGUGCAUAAUUGUCUGUAUGAAACGAUCUUGCAUAUUCAGAAGAUUUAGAUCUGAAUGAUUUUCUAGUGGAAAGACUUAGAUUGUAAGAUAACAAUUUAGGUCAAAUUGUUGCCUUUUUAAAAUGAUUUACAAUAAACUGGUUUAAGCAAUGCA